GUAGACUGCGGAAAGUCUGUUGCAAGGAUGUUCCCCUAGUUUCUUCAGUCGAGAGUGCUGAUUCCUUGAAAGACCCUUAUGUGCCUAAUGAUUUUGCUGAUGAUGGUUCUAAUGCUAUGUCUUUGGGUUGUCCCAGUGAUGAUGAAGAGUUUGAUAAAGCACUUUACAAUUUCUAUGUGAAUAAUAAAGUCAAGUACCUGAAGAGAAAAUUAUCAUCUGCUGGCAGAAGGAAUGUUUUCAAAGCCCGUGUAGACAAUUUCUUGAUCUUGUGCGUGUGUCGUUAUCUAUUCAAUGAAGCUCACCCUUCCAUUUCUAAGAAGCAUUUCUUCUUCUCAUAUAUUGUUGAAACGAUUUUGAAUGGUUCUAAUCAAGAGUGUGUUGCUAAUGCUUUCAACAGUGCUAAUAGUGCUUUUCCCAUGUGGAGAAGCAAUAUGGUGGUCUAGCGUGAAGAUUUUCUUGGUGGUCAACAAGACUGGAGAUUCAUCCAUCCUUUAUUAGCUUCGUAUAGUUUUCAUGAUGUGUUAGCUAUUUUGAUACAACAGUAUUAUUGGUCCAAGAAUGUUCUGAUUCAAUGUACUUUUUAGACCGAUAACUUGUAUCAUCGCCCCUGUAACAGUUUUAGGUUCCUUUUGUUACUGGAAUGCUUUUCUGGUGCAUUAUUAGCUAUU